AUGAACUCCAAAGUCUUCAAGGCCAACAAGCCCAACUGGCUAGGUAACAGUGCCUUCACGCUAGUUGUAGCAAGAUACUGCAUCGCAUCUGAGUACGAAGCGCUCAUCUUUGAUGCUCACAUUACUAUACAGCAUGCCGCCGCGGUCCUGCGCCAGGUCAAGCGCCUAGACGUCAACAAAGUAAGCGUCAUCUAUAGCUAUGCACACAAUGACUAUAUAGCAGGGCCGGCAGCCUUCACGGAUUGUAAUCAAGAGAAAUCGGACCCUCCCAUUGAUGCUGUAGUUCCUAGUGUCAGCUUUUCGCGACCUGUGGACAUUGACAUCGGGAAUAUAAGCGUUCAACUACAUGGUUUCCAUAUCCAUGCUUCGGAUUCAAUUGUUCUACGGAUACCUAGCCUGCAGGUGUUACUGGCAGGCGACACGUUGGAGGCUACAGCCACGUACACUGCUAAAGCUGUUAAUCUGCCCAUCCACAAAUAG